ACUCGAAGUCUACUCUACAGUCUACUCUACUCAUCCUUGUCUCUCUGUCCGAUCCAUCAUCCAACACUCUUCUCUCUCUCUCUCACACACACCCCAACAGAGACGCCAUUAAUUUAACAAAACAACAAAAAGCAGCCUUCUCCUCUCUUCCUCCUCCUUCUGCCUCAGUCUUCUCCUUCCCCCGCAAUCUCAACCUCCAUUAAUUUAAUUUGUUCCUUUCUGUUUCUGUUCCCUUCCCCUCUUCUCUCCCAAAACCAGAAAAACUCCUUACCUCCUCUUCUUCUUCUUCUUCUUCUUCUUCUUCUUCACUAACUCAAUGCUCAAAAUCGAAAUGAGCUGAGUUGAAGAAGACCCAUCUCGGUCGACCACGCAAAUAAUGCCUCGUCUCACCCCCUCCACAGAUCCACGCCUUCCUCCCCUCUCACUUUCUCUCUGAUAUAAGCCUAUACUUACAUAUAUACAUACUUACAUAUAUACGUACACAGACACGUUUGAUCUUGGACAGACCCAGGAAGGGCUAAACAGUACGAGGCUUGCAGCGACCACUUGGGAUGGGUUGUACGGCGUCUAAGCUCGACAACGAGGACGUGGUCCGCCGCUGCAAGGACCGCCGCCGCUUCAUGAAGGAGGCCGUCCACGCCCGCCACCACCUCGCCGGCGCCCACGCCGACUACUGCCGCUCCCUCCGCCUCACCGGCUCCGCCCUCUCUGCCUUCGCCGCCAAUGAGCCCCUUUCCGUCUCUGACCAGACCCCUGGCGUCUUCCUCCACCCUCCGGGCCUCAAGCCCUCCCCCAUCCCUCCCCGCGUCCCGUCCCACUUCCCCUCCCCGUCCCCGUCUCUCCGGCCGCCUCCGCCGCCGCCCCCGAUCUCCCCCACCAUCGGCAGCUCCAAGCUCCCCCACAUUCUCUCCUCCUCUAGCAUCUCCUCUUCCUCCACCGCCGCCGCCACCCCCGCCACCAACCACCACCUCCCGUCUCGCCGCCCCCGCCGCCCCAAGCCCACCAUCAAGCUCCCCCACAUCCUCUCCGAGUCGAGCCCCAAUUCCUCCCCGGCACGAUCACUCAAAUCGGAUUACACCACCAACUCUGGAUACUACCCGACCGCCUACGCGAACUCGACCUACUCGGGCACCCCUUCUCAGGCGUCCUCCGUCUGGAACUGGGACAACUUCUAUCCUCCGUCCCCUCCGGACUCCGAGUUCUUCGACCAACGAGCCCGCACCCGUGACCGUCAGCAACACGAGACCCACCGGCCCCUUGGGCCCCACGACCACGUCAGAGACAGCGAGGAAGAUGAUGACGACCGUGAGGAGGAAGAAGAAGCAGUGGCCUCGGCCUCGGAGUAUGAUUUCUUCCUCCACGGCAACAAAGCUCAGAAACCCCACAAGGAGACUGAGGGAGGACACGCCGAGACUGAGAGGGAGGAGGUCCAGUGCAGUGAUUGGGACGACCACUACAGCACGACGACGAGCUCAUCCGAGGAAUUGGACAACGAUAAGGAAUUGAGAUCUGAUAUCGGGGCCAGGUCCAAUUUCGGGUCUGCAAGGGGGAGCGUCGGCGGAUCGUCGAUGAGGCAGCAGAAGCCGCCACCUCAGCAGACUCCGUCGGAGGUCUAUUCGAAAUCUCCCGAGAAGUCGGAGGAGGAGGAACUGGGAGGGGCAGGAUCGUCUACAUUGAGCUAUGGGGAUAUGAAGAUGGUGGUGAGGCACAGGGACCUGAAGGAGAUCGUCGAUGCGAUUAAGGAGAACUUUGAGAUGGCUGCAGCCGCAGGAGAUCAGGUCUCGGAGAUGCUUGAGAUCGGGCGUGCUCAGCUCGAUCGCAGCUUCAAGCAGCUUAAGAAGACCGUGUACCAUUCAAGCAGUGUGCUGAGCAACUUGAGCUCAACCUGGACUUCGAAGCCACCGCUGGCGGUGAAGUACAGGCUCGAUGCGGUUUCCCUCAAUGAACCGGGUGGACAGAAGAGCCUCUGCUCCACUCUGGACCGGCUCUUGGCCUGGGAGAAGAAGCUUUAUGAGGAAGUGAAGGCCAGAGAAGGAGUGAAGAUUGAGCAUGAAAAGAAGUUGGCAACACUGCAGAGUCAGGAGUAUAAGGGAGACGACGAGGCAAAAUUAGACAAAACCAAGGCUUCCAUAAAGCGACUGCACUCGCUAAUCAUUGUUACGUCGCAGGCGGUCUCAACAACCUCUACUGCGAUCAUCGGUCUCAGGGAUAGCGAUCUUGUGCCACAGCUUGUAGAACUCUGCCACGGGUUCAUGUAUAUGUGGAGGUCAAUGCACCAGUACCAUGAGAUCCAGAACAACAUAGUCCAGCAAGUCAGGGGCCUUGUGAACCGAGCCACAAGAGGCGAGUCAACCUCUGAGCUCCACCGCCAGGCUACCCGUGACCUUGAGUCCACCGUCUCAGCAUGGCACUCCAGCUUCUGCCGCCUGAUCAAAUUCCAACGCGAUUUUGUCUGCUCCCUUCACGGCUGGUUUAAGCUCACCCUUCUUCCUGUCGAGAACAAUGACAACAGCAAUGGCAAUAAUAUGACCCGUGAGAGAUCUGAUGUUUAUGCCUUCUGCGAUGAGUGGAAGCUUGCUCUGGACCGGGUCCCAGACACAGUCGCAUCUGAGGCCAUCAAGAGCUUUGUAAAUGUGGUCCACGUGAUCUCGGGAAAGCAGUCUGAGGAGCUCAAGAUCAAGAAGAGGACGGAGGUCGCUUCACGGGAGCUCGAGAAGAAGGCCUCGUCCCUCCGGAACAUCGAGAGGAAGUACUACCAGUCCUACUCCAUGGUAGGCAUCGGGCUGCCUGAUCCGGGGGGACCUGAAAGUGGCGGACCGGCCCUGGAUGCUCGGGACCCUCUCACAGAAAAGAAGUCCGAGCUUGCUGCCUGUCAGAGGCGGGUCUCUGAGGAGAUGCUGAGGCACUCUAGGGCUGUGGAGGUGACCCGAGCAAUGACGCUUAAUCAUCUCCAGACGGGCCUUCCUGGGGUCUUUCAGGCGCUGACGAGCUUCUCUUCCCUAUUCAUGGAGGGGCUCGAGGCGGUAUGUAUCCGUUCCUAUUCGAUCAAGUAGAUGCACAAUACACAAUUUUGGAGUUGUGUCCCAAUUUUUUUUUCCCUUAAAAAAUGUAGAAGGGUUAAUAUUAAUCGAUUUGUAUUAUAAGAGCAUGGUGAAAUUUUUUGGAAGCUCUUACAAGAAACUGUUGUGCCUUAUUGAGGCAGACACUGUGUAUUGUAAAUAUGAUUCUUUUUAUUUUUUUGUUAUUGUUUUUUUUUUCCCCUUCUC